AUGCCUGCCCCGACAGCCCUGCUCAAGCAGGUAGACGAUACCUCCCCAUCCAACCUCCCUCUUCCCGAACCAGACCAAGAUGAGGACUUCACAUUAGAAGGCAUGAACGAACUGCCUGAAGACGCCAACGCAAUCCUCCAACCAGUACGGACAACAGGAGAAGAUGGUAUGGAGAUCGAUGAGGAGGACAAACCGCACUUUGCGCCUGUACAAAACACAGACCCCGCAACACACAUCCAAACGCGCAAAGUCGGCAUCCCGCCGCACCGAUUCACGCCUCUCAAGAGCGCCUGGCCUAAGAUAUACCCGCCGCUCGUCGAACACCUCAAGCUGCAGGUGCGCAUGAACGUCAAGCACAAGCGAGUCGAGCUGCGUACUUCGCGCCACACGACAGACGCAGGUGCGCUACAGAAAGGAGAGGACUUUGUGCGCGCCUUUGCGCUGGGCUUCGAUGUCGACGAUGCUAUUGCCCUUCUUCGCCUCGACGACCUCUACAUCGAAACCUUCGAGGUCAAGGACGUCAAGACCCUUAACGGCGACCAUCUAGCUCGCGCCAUCGGGCGUAUCGCGGGUAAGGACGGCAAGACUAAGUUCGCUAUUGAGAAUGCGUCUCGUACGAGAGUCGUGCUGGCCGAUUCCAAGAUCCACAUUCUAGGAGGAUUUAAGAAUAUCCACAUAGCCCGUGAAUCUAUAGUGAGUCUAAUAUUGGGUAAGCCUCCCGGCAAGGUUUACAACAAUCUACGCACCGUAUCUGCGAGGAUGAAGGAGAGGUUCUAA